AUGGCGGGCCCCCUUAAGCUGACGACCGGCGUCGCUUCCGGCCUCCUCGCCGGUUGGGUCUUCGGAAGGGCGAAGCCAAAGCGAUCAAUCGAGUCGGUUCUGAAUGGCAACUACGAGUGGAUGUCGCCAGCGCAACGCAAGCUUGUGGGGCAGCUGAUGGCCCUUGGGCAAGAUCACCUGUUUUGCCAGUGGCCACCGCCUGGAGUGAAGGACAACCAGAAACUCAAGCUGCUGGAAGAUGCUGCCGCCUGCCUAAAGGGCAUUCCUGGGGCUCUGGAGGAAGCUAGGCUUGAUAUUCUUGAACCCCCUGUUGCUGAAAAGAGGCCACAUCGUAUGGAGAUUCACGGAGAUGUGCGGGAUGAUCCAUACUACUGGAUGAGAGACGAUGAACGGAAGGACCCAGCGGUCUUGGACCACCUCAAACGCGAGAAUGACUAUGCCAAGGCAGCGAUGGCGGAUUCUGAGGGCCUGCAGGAGGAGCUAUUCAGGGAAAUGAAGGGAAGAAUUAAAGAGGAUGACCAGUCUGCUCCCCAGAGGGAUGGGCCCUACUUUUAUUAUUCGAGGACAUUGGAAGGGAAGCAGUACAGUGUGCACUGCCGAAGGAAGAUCCCACGAGGCAUGGGUGCCCCGAGUGAGGCAGAUGAGAUGGACACCAGCAUCCAGGAGGAGAUCCUGUUGGACGAAAAUGUGCAAGCAGCAAAGUGCCCUUUCUAUGAUGUCGGCUGUGUCUGUGUCUCGCCAAACGACAAACUCAUGGCUUACACAGAGGACCUGUCAGGAAACGCGAAAUACACACUCCACGUUAAGGAUUUGGAGACUGGAGGAGAGCUGCUGCAGACGCCGAUUCACAAUCUGGCUGAUCAGGUCACAUGGGCGAUGGACAACAGGACCAUAUUCUAUGUGACGCAAGACAAGCAGUUUCGUGCUAACAAGGUGUGGCGCCUUACCCUCGGCGCGAAUGGCAAUCAAAGUACGCUGGUGUUCAACGAAGAGGAUGAGGCCUUCAUGGUGACGGUCUCGCGGAGUCGAGACGACAAAAUGAUCAUGAUCUGGACAGCAUCUGCGGUCACAUCUGAGAUAAUGUACCUGGACGCCGGCGCCCCCACUGGUUCUUGGUCCGUCCUGCUGCCCCGUACCCCGAAUGUGGAAUACACCGCCAAGCACAGGGACGGCUACUUCUACUGUGACAUCAGGGACGAGCGCAGGCCAAACUCCGAGUUGAUCGUCAUGGCGGUCGGCCGCCCAGAUCAACAAAAGGUGCUCAUUCCCCAUCGGUACGAUGUGAAGCUGGAGUGCUUCUGCCUUUCAGAGAACCAUUUGGCGGUCUUCGAAAGGAGCAAUGCCCUCCAGUCAGCAAGGAUUUUCAGGCUACCAUCUGGUGGAGGCAUGCCAAACUUGCCGGCCAAAACCAGCGAGUUGCAAUUUGAGGAACCAGCCUAUGAGUUGAUGCCAGGCGGCCAGGGCGAGUUCAGGUCUGAUAUCCUCCGCAUCGUCUACUCCUCCCUCACCACGCCCGCCUCAGUCAUUGACUGCAACAUGACGACUGGAAAGCGGUGCACCAAGAAGGUGCAGGCAGUGCUGGGCGACUUCAACUCUGCCAACUACAAGAGCGAGCGGCUGUGGGCCACUGCCCCCGACAUGACGGACAUUCCCAUCUCCCUCGUGUAUAGAAAGGAUCUGGUGAAGCUUGAUGCAUCGGCCCCGCUGCUGUUGCUAGCCUACGGAUCAUAUGAAGUCGCAGAGACACCAUGCUUUUCGAUGUCGAUGCUGUCGCUGCUGGAUCGGGGGUUCAUCUACGCAAUCGCCCAUGUGCGUGGUGGAGGAGAGAUGGGCAGGCACUGGUACGAGGACGGGAAGUACCUGCGCAAGAAGAACACCUUCACGGACACCAUCGCCUGCGCGGAGCACCUCAUCAAGUCCAAGUACUGCAAGAGGGACGGCCUGUGCCUCACGGGCCGCUCCGCGGGCGGCAUGACCGCCGGCGCCGUCCUAAACAUGCGGCCCGACCUAUUCAGUGCGGCCCUCAUUGAGGUGCCCUUCGUGGACGUCCUGACCACCAUGCUGGACGAGAGCAUCCCGCUGACGACAACGGAGCUGGAGGAGUGGGGCAACCCCAAGGAGAAGCGGUACUACGACUACAUGAAGUCGUACUCGCCCAUGGACAACGUCGUGAAGCAGGAGUACCCCGACGUGCUGGUCACCACGGGGCUGCACGACCCCAACGUGUGCUAUUGGGAGCCGGCCAAGUAUGCAGCAAAACUGCGAGAAUACAACACUGGCAACGGCGUCGUGUUGCUGCACUGUGACAUGCACGCGGGCCACCACUCCAAAUCUGGGCGCUUCGACGUACUCAAGGAAGCGGCUUUUAAAUUCGCAUUCCUGCUCAAGGUCCACAAGUCGCUGCUCACCAAGCCUUCCUCAUGA